UCGGUCUUUAAAAUGUUAUUUAUUUAUCGCGUGUAUACUGAUGAGUACCUACAAUUUAUUUAAUGAUGUAUUAAACCGAAAUGAUACGUUUAAAUUACACUACUCAGUACUUAAUCAUCUAGAAAUCAAUCACAUAUAGAUACAGAAUUAUUUUAGUUACUUUUUAUUUUUUAAUGUUAUACAAAUUUCAAAUCGUACAACAAAUAAUAUUGUAGUUGGCAGGUAUCAAUAUUAUUUUUUUUCAAUAAUUAUGGUAAAUUUUUAAAACAAUAAACAUGACGAAUCUUGAUGUGAAACAGACGGAACAGGUUAAUUCCCAGGAAAUGGCUUCAAUUCAAAAAGCUGCCGGCUCGCCCGGCAUAGGAUUCCGGCACCUGCAGAGCCUUUUGCUGUUCCUGUGCGUGGUGUGCGGGUACCUGAUCCGGGUGAACCUGUCCGUCACCAUCGUGGCCAUGAACCCCGUGACGAACUCGACGGACUACUUCCGGGAACUGGCCGACCACGUGCCGAUAUUCGGGUGGACCAACUCGAUGCGGUCGGUGCUGCUGAGCACGUUCUUCGUCGGCUACCUGGUGGCCAACUUUCCGGCGUCCGUGCUCGGGUGCCGGUUCGACAACAAGAUACUGCUGGCGUGCAGCAUGAUCGUCUCGUCUUUGCUGUCCAUCGUCAGCCCGCCGCUGGUGUACGAGUACGGCGCCCCCGCCCUGGUGGUCAUCCGGUUCGCGCAGGGCCUGUCGUCGGCGUUUAUGUUCCCUAUGGUGCACGGCAUCAUGUCCAAGUUUUCGCCGCCACACGAGCGAGGCCAGUUGGUCGGGUUCAUCAACAGUGGCAUACAGCUGGGCACCAUGGUCACGCUGGCCAUUUCUGGUAUGCUGUGCAGCAGCGUGAAAGGCUGGCCGAUCGUCUACUACCUGAGCGGCGCCGUCGGGCUGGUGUGGACGGCCGUCUGGCUACUGCUGGGCGCCGGGUCGCUGUCCACUCAUCGGUUCAUCGGUCAGGUCGAGAAGGACUACAUCCAGAGGUCGCUCACCAACACCGUCGACCACGAUAGACGGUUGUCAGAUACUCCAUGGAAAUCCAUAUUCACGUCAUUGCCGGUGUGGGCCACCGCCUUAGCGCACAUUGGCCAUAACUGGGGAUUUUGGCUACUGUUGACCGAGAUGCCGACAUUCAUCCACACGGUGCUCAAAUUUGACAUUAAGGAAGAUGGUAUCCUAUCGUCGUUACCAUAUCUCGCCAUGUUUGUGCUUCAGAUACCGGUCACCUUCUUUGCCGAUUUUCUGAACAAGCGCGAAAUCACUACUCUCACGGUGUCCAGAAAAAUCUGGAACACAAUAUCCUUCUGGGGUGGCGCCAUCGGCCUAACCAUACUAGGUUUCGUCGAAGACACCCGCUUGACGAUCAUCAUUUACGUGUUCAUCGUAGCCAUAGGAUGUACAUCGAACGCUGGGUUCAACAUAAAUCACAUGGAUCUAUCGCCCAACUUCGCUGGGCUCCUGAUGGGAAUCACCAAUACAGUCGCGGCUUCCGGAGGGAUCAUCGCCCCUCUGUUUGUCGGGCUCGUUGUCGACGAUCAGACUUCGGUGGCAGAAUGGCGAAUCGUUUUCAUCAGUGGUGCAGUAGUGCUAUUCGCAACCAAUUUGUUUUUUAUUAUAUUUGGCUCUGCUAAGACCCAGCCUUGGAAUUCAUUGAAAAAUAGAGAUUCUCCAAAAAUGGAUAAUACUAAGCAAGAUAUUGAAACUGUUGGAUAACAUACCAUGGAAAUCAUAUUAUACACCUACAGGCUACAACGCUAGUGUUCCACAUAAUAUGUAUGAUUAUUUGCUAUCUAUGUUUAAUAUGUAUAAAUAUAAUAUUGAUUAUGGACACAUCACCUUAAAAUUGAUUAUGAUUUAUGAAAUAAAAUUAUUUCGAUGACAAAUGUAAUUAUAAGUUUAAUGUUUAAUACUCUCACUUUAUUUUGUUUUUUGUUCUCAAUUUAAAAUUUAAAAAUGUUUAAUAAGUACCAAAUAACUGUUUUUUUUUUACAAUAAACGUCUAAUGUCUAUACGCGUUAA